AUGGAGUUGCCAAAUCCUUCCAGUGACACCAUCAGUGUCCACAGCAAUAGCUCCCGGGGGGGCGACGACAGUCAUUUCGGGUCAGACGAUAAUGACAAUGAAACAUUAUCCACAUUCAGUCACAAUUCAAAGAGCAAAGGUUCCAGCUCUGACAUGCGUGAGACCACCAAGAUGCUCCAGAAGGACAAGUGGGUCAUUCGGAUACGUGUAGCGGCAGUCAUUGUCAUGCUGAUGGCUGCUGUAUCCGUCAGCUGUGUCGAGUACUUUGGGCUUGUGGGAUCUGAGCAACUAGAAUUUGAACAUCGAUACGAAGAUCAAGCGGAACAGAUUGGGCAUGCGCUCCAAUCUGAGUUGAAGGUGAAACUACGUGCUUUGGAUUCUUUUUCGGUCGCCAUUGCAGCCUACACGGUAGGCCAAUAUGUGCAAUGGCCCAACAUUUCAUUGCCUGAGUUUGAGUUUCGGGCGGCUACAGCUUUGACCAAUGGAGGGGGGUUAUCCAUUGGGUUACAGCCACUUGUGCACAAGGAGAACUUGAAGGAAUGGGAAGAGUACUCGAUUCAACACCAAGAGUGGCGAACGAAAGGUCUCGAGUUUCAACACAUGUUUCCAGAAGCACUGCAAGUAGUUGCAGCUGGCGGCAACCGCAAACUACUCGGCGCAGGCAAUCAUUCUGAACCUACGGGUGAAGCAAAUGAUCACUCCGACAACUCAUCCAUUCCAGAAAUUUCACAAUACGUCUUUAAAGUGGUCGAUGGCAUUCCAGUUCGAGUGGAAGAGGAUCUAAUGAUGCCAGUCUGGCAGUACAGUCCAAUCGAUAAGGGAAUGCCAUAUGUGAACUACGAUCAAUACUCCAAAGACAGAAAUAGGGAUGCUUUGACUGAAGUUGUGAAGAAAGAGGUUGCCGUUUUAGGUCCAUAUUUUCCUCUUGCCGAGAGUUUUCACGGGCACGACUUUGACCCAGUCUCUUUCAGAUUCGAGGAGAACACUUGGACUGAGAUUUGGAACGGCGAAAGUACCGCCAAUGCUGUAGACGAAAAGACCAACCCUCAUAACAACAUGGACGGUCCCGCUGUCAACAUUUGGUAUCCAGUCUUCUCUGAACUUGGUUCUGGAGACCGUACUGAAGUAGGUAUUCUCAGUAUGACAGCAAGAUGGGACUCUUUCUUCCUUCCGCAUUUGCCACCUAAUCCGGUUGGACUCAUGGUUGUGAUGACCAAUGCCUGUUCCGAGGGCUUCACCUUUGAGAUCACUGGCGACGCGGUGACAUACCUAGGGACCGGUGAUUUCCACGACUCAGCCUUUGAGAGCUACCGAAGAGAUUUCUCACUCACGGCUGAAGCUUCAGUAUUUUCGGACAUUCCCUUGUCGGCAACCUUUUGUCCCUACAUGGCUGCUAUUUACCCUUCUCAAAGCACGAGGGACUCGUACGAGACCGAUAGACCAAUCAACUACACAAUCGGUGUUGCUUGCGUGUUUUUGUUCACAAUCAUAGUCUUCAUUUCAUAUGAUCAUUUGGUGGAACGCCGUCAACGCUUUUUGGCAGACACGGCAGAAAAGACCCAUGUUAUAGUUUCCGCCAUGUUUCCCAAGGUUGUUCGAGACAGACUCUUUGACGAGAAUAACAACAAAUCGAGAAGUGGAAUCAACAAGUUUGUGUCAAACCAAAGCAGCAAGUCUUCAACACCCGCGAGACCCAAGGACACCCCAAUCGCUGAUCUUUACACCAACACGACUGUCAUGUUUGGUGACAUUUCUAGAUUUACCGCUUGGAGCAGUACUCGUCAACCGACGGAUGUAUUCAUCUUACUUGAAACACUUUACGGUGAAUUCGAUCGCAUUGCGAGAGAUAUGGAUGUGUUCAAGGUCGAGACGAUCGGAGAUUGCUAUGUAGCAGUGACGGGCUUGCCGAAUCCACGACAUGAUCAUCAUUUGCGUAUGAUUCGUUUCGCCAGACAAGCGUUGACACAGAUGAGCGUUCUGACAAGAGAGCUUGAAGUCAGACUUGGACCAGACACAACAAUGCUUGGUUUCCGCGUUGGUCUGAACUCUGGACCUGUCACUGCGGGUGUCCUUCGAGGCGAACGCAGUCGCUUCCAACUAUUCGGCGAUACAGUGAAUACUGCUUCAAGAAUGGAGUCAGCUGGAGCUGCCAACCGUAUCCACAUCGCUCAGGCUACUGCGGAUCUUGUGAUUGAUUCCGGGAAAGGCCAUUGGUUGAGAAAACGUGACGACUUGAUCGAGGCGAAAGGCAAGGGCGAAGUCCAGACAUACUGGGUCAAGGGCGGUAAGGCUGCUUCUUCAACAAAAACUGGCACCUCAAACGGAUCUAGCAAUUCUUUCCGUGCUCAAAAAGAUAACAAGCGCAAGCUUGCAAAACAAGAACGGGUCCGACAGUCCCUGAUCGACUGGCAAGUGGAACUCUUGUCCAAAUUGAUCAAGCAGAUUGUAGGCCUUCGCAAAACAAAGACGGUGAAGAAUCAAGACUUUGCCAAUCACGUCGGACAAAAGCUACUACCAAGAGAAGAAAUCGCCGAGCAUAUCCACAUGCCUCCGUUUGAUCCAGAAAAGGCCAAGACGGUAUUGAAAGGCGGUGAUGAUCUCCCGGACUUGGUCACGUCGCAACUCAAGGAUCUAAUUUCCACCAUUUCCAGUUUGUAUCACAACAACAGCUUUCAUAACUUCGACCAUGCAAGUCACGUGACCAUGAGUGCCAACAAGCUGCUGCAGCGAAUUGUGACUCCGGCAUUUCAAGAGAACGGAGAGUUCUUGAAGGAAGCACACGAAUACACUUUCGGACUGACAUCGGAUCCAUUGACGCAGUUUGCAAUUCUCUUUUCCACGAUCAUUCACGACCUGGACCAUAAAGGAGUAGGAAAUCCGCAGCUGGUCAAAGAGAAGAAUCGGCUUGCAACAAUGUAUGGAGGAAAGAGUGUCGCCGAGCAAAACUCGAUUGAUUUGGCGUUGGAGUUGCUGACUUCGUCCAGCUAUUCGGAUCUUUUGAGUUGUAUAUGUGCGGACGACGAGGAUUUCCAACGGUUCCGCCAGCUCGUCAUCAACUGCGUCAUGGCGACGGAUAUUUUCGACAAGGAGCUUUUGACUCUACGCAACAAUCGUUGGAAGAAAGCCUUCAGUGAGAACGACGAGUCAGCAUCCGACCUCAAGGCAACCAUUGUCAUUGAGCAUAUCAUUCAGGCUGCUGACGUUGCCCACACAAUGCAGCAUUGGCAUGUGUACCAAAAGUGGAACGAGAAGCUGUUCUUUGAAAUGAGAAAGGCAUACGAAAGUGGUCGAGGGGGAGAGAAAGAUCCUGCAGACACUUGGUACAAUGGUGAGCUGUGGUUCUUUGAUAACUACGUCAUUCCAUUGGCCAAGAAACUGGAUGAUUGUGGUGUGUUUGGUGUGUGCAGUGACGAGUGCUUGACUUAUGCCAAGCAGAACCGCAAGGAAUGGGAAGUGAAGGGUCGUAUUGUGGUUGAGGCCAUGUGCAAAAAGUACAGGGACGAGUAUGAAAUCAAAGAAGGGAUUGAUGAAGAUGAAGAGGGUGAUUCAUCCGUUUAG